AGCAUUUCUCAGCGUGAUCUUCGGCCGCCCAUUGCUCAUCACUGCCUUACCGUAAAAUGAUUGGUCUGGUCCAAGCGUAGCGGCGAUUGCAGCAUGCGUCGGGAGAGAAUCCAUCGUUUGAUAUGUUUCAACGCACGCUUUCGGCCAGAGGAUGCCACCUUGUCACCGCCUAAUUGUGCCCUGGUCGAACGCAAACUCCCGAUCGAAGCGCGUCCAGCCCUCUUCCCGUGCACCAAUGCGAGACAAAGCUGGCGAGACUCGCUUCAUUGGCCCUUGUCCCGCAUUUUGCUUUUCCCAUGAUCGUUCAACUGACACCCCAAAGUCCGUGAGUCAGGUUUCUCUCGACCGAGCGAGGGAACGAUCCAUUCACGUAACCUGGUUUCUGAUCGACACCACUGCCGAGUUUCGUAGUUUCACUCUCUGUAUCAUACUUUCGUCUGCUAUCGUUCCAGCGGCACGUUCAGAAUGCCAGUCCCUUAGCACCAGAAUGUUAACUCGAACUCUCAUGUCAUAAUUCCUUCGUCUCGCGUGCGUGAAGGACGGGUAAUGGGCCGGAGCGUCCUCCAGCAGAUGUACCACGCUACGCCUGAGGGACGAUAGGAGUGGGCGACCAUGUGUACUAAUAAAUCAUCACCCCGGUCGUUUAUCGGCGGGCCAAAAACUGACCAAAUCCGUAUCACCCGUCGGCAUUGUCUUUC